AUGAUUUGUGAAAACCACACCAGAGUCACUGAAUUUAUUCUCCUUGGUUUUUCAAACAACCCUGAACUACAAAUUUCACUCUUCAUUUUAUUCCUGGCUAUCUAUACAAUGACUUUGUUGGGGAACUUCCUUAUUGUCAUAGUUACUAGUGUGGAUCCUUUUCUUCAAACACCCAUGUAUUUCUUUCUUCGAAAUCUAUCACUUCUUGAAGUUUGUUUCACCUUGGUGAUGGUGCCAAAGAUGCUGGUAGAUCUAGUAUCAUCAAGAAAAGUCAUCUCUUUUGUGGGCUGUGGUACCCAGAUGUACUUCUUCUUCUUCUUCGGCAGCUCUGAAUGCUUUCUUCUCUCUAUGAUGGCUUAUGACCGCUUUGUGGCAAUCUGCAACCCUCUCCGCUAUCCAAUCAUAAUGAACAGGUCCCUCUGCUUGUGGAUGGCCAUUGGCUCUUGGAUGUCUGGAGUACCUGUGUCUAUGCUGCAGACAGCAUGGAUGAUGGCCCUUCCUUUCUGUGGUCCAAAUGCUAUAGACCAUUUUUUCUGUGAUGGUCCUCCUGUCUUGAAAUUGGUCACUGAGGAUACCACAAUGUAUGAGUUGCAAGCACUUGCAUCUACACUGCUGUUUAUCAUGUUUCCCUUUUCCCUUAUUUUGGUUUCCUAUACCCGGAUCAUAGUGACCAUUCUAAGGAUGCCCUCUGCCACUGGUCGCCAAAAGGCAUUUUCUACUUGUUCUUCCCACCUCAUCGUGGUAUCUCUCUUCUAUGGGACAGCCAGCCUGACCUAUUUACGACCCAAAUCCAACCAGUCUUCUGAAAGCAAGAAGCUAGUGUCUCUGUCCUAUACUGUCAUCACACCUAUGUUAAACCCUGUUAUCUACAGCCUGAGGAACAAUGACAUGAAAGGAGCAGUCAAGAGGACCAUCGCUAGGAAUUUCCUGCAGAAGUUGGAUGGGUUUUAA